AGCAGCUGGAGACAAGGGCUCCGAGGACUUUGUUGAAUUUCUGGAGUUCCGUCUGAUGCUGUGCUACAUCUACGACUUCUUCGAGCUGACGGUGAUGUUCGACGAGAUUGACGCCUCCGGCAACAUGCUGGUCGACGAGGAGGAGCUCAAGCGCGCCGUGCCCAAGCUUGAGGCGUGGGGCGCCAAGGUCGAGGAUCCCGCGGCGCUGUUCAAGGAGCUCGAUAAGAACGGCACUGGGUCCGUGACGUUCGACGAGUUUGCUGCGUGGGCUUCUGCAGUCAAACUGGACGCCGACGGCGACCCGGACAACGUGCCGGAGAGCGCGUGA